UUCGGCAAAUUUUUACACACUGUGAUAGCCGGCUGGGACGAUUCGGAAUGUCAGAAAGCUUUCGAAUCCAUCUGCCAACAUACAGCUUUGUUGAAAAAUAUCAAAACCGUGGUCAACUCCAGGCCAGGUCUAUAUCCUGGUAUAGAAAACGGUAUCAGAUUAUUGAUAAGAAGAGUGUUUUUAGAUCCCUGUCCCUCCAUCUCAGACCGAGCUUUCUGGUUAACUCGAAUAUUAAAACCUUGGCCCAUGGUCACACAAGCUCGAAUUAUUUAUCUUUUAUACGGGGCAGCUUAUCAAGGUUCGCCUGAUGAAUGGCUAGCUGAGAAUGUGGCUAAUCUACUGUUACUAUGUGGAGAUAAAAUAACAGCUAAAUUAUUAAUUAGUAAGGCUAUCAAUGGUAGAAUUAUAGAGCUCUGUAGUAUCACCACUUCUUUCUGUUUGGUAUGUGUGAAGAGUAACUACAGCCUGUCCUGUGUGAUGAUCAUGAUACAGAAUAUUCUACAAGUUAUGGACAACUCUAAAGAUCGACUCACGUUUAUUAAUUCUAUGAUGGACAUGUUUAAAGAAAUGAUUUUAGACAUGCACGAAUUCUCA